AUGAAAGAUCCAAAGAGCAAAGGCCAGCAUAUUCUACACAAAGAUGAUGUCCAUUCUGGUUAUGAACCAAGACAUCCUAUUUCUCAGCGUAAAUGGUCUCAUGAACAGUUUCCAAUCUCUGGUGCUUCCGGACCAGAGAGCCUUGCUUUCGAUCGUCAUGGUGAUGGUCCCUAUACCGGUGUUUCUGAUGGCCGGAUUAUCAAGUGGGAUCGGAACCAGAGUCGGUGGAUAAAUUUCGCAACAACAACUCCUUUCAGAGACGGAUGUGAAGGUUCAGAAGAUCAUGUCAAGACGGAGGCUAGAUGCGGAAGGCCACUAGGCCUAAGUUUCGAUCACAAGACUGGUGACCUUUAUAUUGCGGAUGCAUAUAUGGGGCUCUUAGCAGUGGGUUCCAAAGGUGGAUUGGCUACACCAGUGGUGCAGGAAGUCCAUGGUUUUCCUUUUAAAUUCCUCAAUGAUUUAGUUAUUGAUCAAGAUAGUGGAGCAAUCUAUUUUACUGAUACCAGUACAAGAUUUGAAAGAAGGGAAUUUGCCAAUGUGAUGUUUAGCGGUGACAAUUCAGGAAGGCUAUUGAAGUUUGAUCCAAGAAAUAAUGAAGUAACAGUUCUCCUGCACAACCUCAUGUUUCCAAAUGGAGUUGCGCUGAGCAAAAAUGGCGAUUUCCUUCUUGUCGCCGAGACCACAAAUAGCAGAGUACUAAGAUAUUGGCUUGAGCCAUCAUCAAAGCUCGGAAAGGUUGAAGUCUUUGCAAAUCUUCCGGGAAGGCCGGACAACAUCAAAAGGAACCAAAAAGGAGAAUUUUGGGUGGCGGCUAAUUCAGAAAAGGGUGGUUUAUUCAAUUGGAUUCUUUCACGUCCUCGGUUAGGAAAUUUCCUAGCCAGAAUCCAUUUUGAUUUUACUAAACUGGACUCGCUUUUUGGUAAUCCCGAUGAUGCGUACGCUUUUGCAAUUAGACUGAGUGAGAAUGGCGACGCAUUGGAAACGAUAGAGAGUUCAGAAGGGGAGACGUUGAAGUACAUUAGUGACGUAGAUGAAGAGAGUGGUGGUAGUUUGUGGGUAGGGUCUGUAGUACGUCCUUUUGCUAUUAAGUUGACUGCCAGCAAUUAG